UUCAGAAGGAGAAAAGGAAACUAAAGAACUUAACUGGGACUGAACGAGGACUCAGCCAGAACUGAACCGAGAUCUGGACCCACUGGGGGAGGAUGGCAGAGCCCAAUUUGCUCCAGAAGCUGGCGAGACACGACGCCUUGAUAAAAGGUCGGCCUCAGCGUAUGUCUCGCCUCAGGUUUAUGAAUGAAGACCCGAAGACCUCUUUACACAGAUCCAGCUCUGAGACAGACUCCAGACCUGACCCAGUCCCCGGAGGAACGUCAAUCAAGAGUGAUUCCUCCAUGGAGCCACCCAUUUUCUUCAAAAGAGAACCCCCCUCAGCCAAUCAGAGCUCUGAGACAGACUCCAGACCUGACCCAGUCCCCAGAGGAACGUCAAUCAAGAGUGAUUCCUCCAUGGAGCCACCCAUUUUCUUCAAAAGAGAACUCCCCUCAGCCAAUCAGAGGGACAAACUUCUCACCUCUGUGGCAGAUAGAAGCAACGAUUCCACGAUGGAAACCAUUUCAGAAGAACAUUCAGCUUAUGAUGAGAGUUUGGUAGAGACACGUCCAGAGCUCCAGCUGAGAGGCCCUGACAAUGGAACUAUUUUUAAGAAGUUGGAGGAGCACAUUGUAAGCUUUGUGAAAAAGGAGUUGAGUAAGUUACACAAGGUUCUACUGGCAGAAGAACUAGAGUCCUUGGCAUUUGAGGACGAAGACGAGGAAGGAAUUAAAGAGGCCUUUCUGAAGAUUGUCCAGAGCUUCCUAAAGAGUAUGGAGCAGGACAAAAUGGCUGAGUGUCUGUACAACAGACAAUGUGUUUCCAAAUGUCAACAUGAACUGAAGGCUGAUCUGAAGCAGAAAUUUAGCAGAGUGUCUGAGGGUGUGGCUAAAGCAGGAGACUCCACCCCCCUGACUCAGAUCUUCACAGAGCUCUACAUCACAGAGGGCGGUGCCUUAGAGGUCAACCAGGAACAUGAGGUCAGACACAUGGAGACCGCAUCCAGGACACCAGAGACCACCAUCACAUGCAAAGAUCUCUUUAAAACCCAGCCAUAUUCAACCGAACCAAUCAGAUUGGUGCUGACAAAAGGCGUGACCGGCGUGGGGAAAACAGUGCUGACUCAGAAGUUCAGUUUGGACUGGGCUGAAGGCAAAUCCAACCAGGACCUCCAGCUGCUGUUACCGUUCACUUUCAGACAGCUCAAUGUGCUCAGAGGCACACAGUUCAGCCUGGUGGGACUGCUGCACCACUUCUUCAGUUCAUCCAAAGGUCUCUACAGCUUCCAUCAGCUCCAGGUGCUCUUCAUAUUUGACGGUCUGGACGAGUGCAGACUUCCUCUGAACUUCAAUCAAACGCGGGUCCUGACUGACCCCACAGAGAUCGCCUCACUGGACGUGCUGCUGGUAAACCUCAUCAGAGGGACCCUGCUUCCCUCCGCUCACCUGUGGAUAACCACACGCCCAGCAACGGCCAGUCAGAUCCCUGCUGAGUGCAUCUCCAUGGUGACAGAGGUGCGAGGGUUCACCGACCUGCAGAAAGAGCAGUACUUCAGGAAGAGGUUCAAAGACCAGGCUACAGCUAUCAUCUCCUACAUCAAGAGCAUCCGCAGCCUCUACAUCAUGUGCCACAUCCCGAUCUUCUGCUGGAUCCUCUCCACAGUUUUACAGAAGCUUCUGGAACAAACAGAGGGACCAGAGCUGCCCCAGACUCUCACACAGAUGUAUGUCCACUUCCUGGUGGUGCAGGCCAAAGUCCAGAACAUCAAGUAUCACCAGACAUCAGGGGUGGAACUUCACUGGACUCCAGACAUCAAGAAGAUGGUGCAGUGUCUGGGAAAACUGGCCUUUGAGCAGCUGCAGAAAGGAAACCUGAUCUUCUAUGAGCGUGACCUGAGCGAGUGUGGGCUGGAUGCUGCAGCGGCCUCAGUGUACUCUGGAGUGUUCACACAGGUCUUUAGAGAGGAGGCAGGCCUGUACCAGGACAAGGUCUACUGCUUCAUCCAUGUAAGUGUGCAGGAGUUUCUGGCUGCUCUUCACGUCCAUCACACCUUCUUCAGCUCUGGAGUAAAUGUGCUGCUGGAGAGACGGCCGUCUCUGAACAUGGGCAUAGGGAGAACAAAUACUGAAGUUCUCCACUGCUCUGCUGUAGACCAGGCCUUACAGAGUCCAACCCGACACCUGGACCUGUUCCUGCGCUUCCUCCUGGGGCUCUCUCUGGAGGAGAACCAGAGACUGCUGCAGGGUCUGACAACCCACAAAACAAGUUCACAAAACAACCAAAAGACUAUUGACUACAUCAAAAAGAAGCUGGAUGAAGGCUUUUCUCCAGACAGGAGCCUGAACCUGCUCCACUGUCUGAAUGAGCUGAAUGACCACAGUCUGGUGCAGCAGACACAGGAGGGCAUGAGAAAAGGACAUCUCUGUGAUAGAAUCAUGUCUCCUGCUGAUUGGUCAGCCCUGUCCUUCAUUUUACUGUCCUCAGACUCAGAUCUAGAGGAGAUUGACCUGAGGAAAUACUGUGGUACAGAGACAGCGCUCCUGGGUCUGCUGCCGGUGGUCAGAGCCUCCACCAAAGCCCUUCUGAUUAGCUGUGGCCUGUCCCCACACAGCUGUGGUCCUCUGGCCUCAGUCCUCAGCUCCUCCAGUCUCACACACUUGGAUCUCAGUAACAAUGACCUCCAGGACUCAGGAGUGAAGCUGCUGUGUUCUGGACUGAAGAGCACCCCCUGUAGACUGGAGACUCUCAGUCUGUCUGGGUGCCUGGUCUCAGAGGAGGGCUGUGCACAUUUGACCUCAGCUCUGAAAUCAAACCCCUCCCAUCUGAGAGAACUGGAUCUGAGCUACAACCAUCCAGGAGAGACAGGGGCCCAGCUCCUACAGGCUCUGACCAUGGAGCCCCACUGCAGGCUACACUCACUCAGACUACACCCCUUUGGACCGCAGUGGCUAAAACCAGGUUUGAGAAAGUACUCUGUUGGUCUCACGUGGGACAUGGACUCUGUCCACCCCAGACUGAGGUUUUCUGACAGGACGACUGCAGUUAUGUGUGUGAGCGAUAAUACGCCAUACUCCGAGCACCCCGACAGGUUCAACUGGUUCUAUCAGGUGCUGUGUUCAGAGGAGUUGCGCGGGCGUAGCUACUUCCAGGUGCAGUGGAGCGGACAUGUCCAUGUGGCUGUGACAUACAGAGAACUGCAGAGGAAAGGGAAGAGCACUGGAGCUGUUUUAGGAGGAAACAACAAGUCCUGGUGCCUCUUCUGCUCCGAUGAAGGCUUCUCCGUUUGGCACAAUGAUCAGGAGACAGUCCUGCCAAAGAGACCUGAAUCUAAUACUGUGGGGGUGUAUGUGGACUCAGAGGCCGGGGUCCUGUCCUUCUACUGUGUGUCCGACAGACUGACCCUGCUCCACAGCUUCUGCACGGCGUUCACUCAGCCACUAGUCCCUGCUAUUGGGUUCAGGUUCACCUCUCUGGGCUCAUCCGUGGUUCUGUGGUCCAUUGAAAACAAAAAACAGUACCUAACUUGGAACUGAAGAACCAAAAGACAAAAGUGUAGAUUUAUUAUGUGCAUAGAUGUAAUAAAUAUAAUAAAGCUUAUGUCUGUGUAGACCCUCAGUCGUCCAGGUCUGAUCCAUAGCAAACAACUAAGUUAAAUCUGUCAACUGGAAAAAUCUUGUAGGAGUGAAGAGGACUGUUCUCAGUCCUUCUUUCUCAAACUUCUUAUUACAGCAACAACUUUUUGCAAUGUUGACCCUGUGUCAAAAUCUCGAGUGGGAAUUACAGACUGCUGUAUCAGUAUAUCGCCAUUGAGUAGUCUUUGGUACUGUAAGGUAUUUUCUAGCAGUGCAGCACUACACCAAACUGUUACCUUGAUUUACUAAUGCUAAGGUAAAUAACAUGUGCCCACCAGUGGAUAUGGAAUGCAUGGGGGAUCACCAGGACGCUAUGGAGACCAGCAUGGGACAUUACAAAUACUGUGGACAAUAUACAAAGGCCAUAUCUUCUUAUCUCCCUCUCACUAAGGAAUGGGUGACCCCCACUUUGAGAGGGUUUUAAAAUUGUCACCUUGUUCGACUUUGCCUAAAGUUUCUUAAUGUGUAACACCAUGCUGACCACAAGCUGUCAACAAGUUCAUGUCAGGGCUCUCCACGUAUCCUUUAGGGAGAGUCCGUUGCUUCAUUAAACUCAUUAAACCCUUCUGACUUU